UUGUGGUUCUGUGUACAGACAAAGCCAUAGUUCGAAGCGAGUUCUUGCUUGCUUCUUCAUUUCCAUAUCAUGGACCGUUUCUCAGCCUUCUCCGAUGUUCCCCAACUAGCAUCCGGGGUUAGUGUUCCCCAGGAUUAUGAACUGUACCCUUGCAAGUAUGAGUCGUCGUAUACAAACCCCACGAUGAGUCAACCUCCUUCAGGCCUUCAACCCCAUCUCACUCCGGAAGCUAUCCCUAUGAAAGGCCUCUAUCCCACAUCCAACAUGUCCUGGACGAGCAUAGGAGAUGAUAUCGACACUCUCACAACAGGCUUCUCGUCCCCUUGGAGCAGCGAGCCCACCUCUUCGCCGGCGCUGGGAAGUCCCAAGUGUAACGACUCGAACUGGAUGAAUAUGGGGUGUUAUAUGUCUCCCCCUUAUACCUGUGACGAUGUCAUGAUACCACCAUCUACAUAUGAGCCGUGCGCUUCGCCCGCUGUUGUCGAUUACCUGGUGGCGCCUUCUCAAAUCUACCCAGAACCAGAGUCCAUGGUGAAGAUUGAGCCCGAAUUACCCAUUACAAGCACGCAUGCCACCUUUCCGUAUCAAGGAGUUUUCUCGAACUGUGAGACCAAUUUUAUGACCGGGAUGUCGAUCUGCGCUCAGCCGGUCAAGGAGGAGCGCGCCGCUUCUGACUCGCCAAAGUUUCAAGCCAAGUCACGAAAAACAUCGAAAGCCAGCAAAAGUCGCAUCACUAAACAGACGCGGAAGCCAUCCAGCAAGACAAGCACCACUGCGAGCGCCCGUGCUGGCGCACGGGUAACGGCGAAGAAGAAUACCCCACCACCCAGUCGAGUAUACACCUGCAGCUUCUCACACUAUGGCUGCCCCAGCACAUUCGUGUCGAAGAACGAGUGGAAGCGACAUGUGAUCUCUCAGCACAUUCAACUGGGAUUUUUCCGAUGCGAUGUGGGACGUUGUAGCUUGGACAACCUGAGCAAAGAGAGAAACCUCGGCUCACCGCACGAGCCCCUCGCCUACAACGAAUCUCACCUGGUCAAUGACUUCAAUCGCAAAGACCUCUUCACUCAGCACCAGCGUCGCAUGCAUGCCCCCUGGGUGUGCCGGAACCGGAAGUCGCCCGAGACCGAAGAAGAGCGGGAGGCGUUUGAACAGAGCCUGGAGGCUGUGCGGGCACGAUGUUGGCACGAACAACGCAAGCCCCCACUUCACAGCCAGUGCGGCUUCUGUGGACAGGAAUUCGUUGGUGCACACAGUUGGAAUGACCGAAUGGAGCAUGUUGGUCGCCACUAUGAAAAGGAAAACCUCGAGCAGGAAAGCGAGGACUUGUUGGUGCGGCAGUGGGCUAUGGAGGAGGGAAUCAUCCGGGAAAUGGACGGAGAGUUGAAGUUGGCUGUCUUCUGUGACAAGUAACUGCUCCUUCCCCUUGGAGAUGAACUCUCCUGCCAUUCCAACUCUUCCCUCCACUUCUCCGAUGCCUCAGGCUGUUGCACUUUUAUCUGUUUAAUCUAUGGCCAUUUCCCCUUUUCUUGAUGACGACAUUUGAUGACCUGAUAUCCUGUAUUUCACAUCUUUGGUUUAGAGGAGUAUAUGGUGUUUUCUUUACUGUCUGUCUGUGCUCUCACGCUGUCUACCAAUACCCAAUACCCACUCUUGGAGCGAGAAGGAAAGAGAUAUAUUCACAUAUCAAUUGAAACAUC